AUGACACAACCGCUCAAAACCAUUGCGGUGGUGAACGCCACAGGGCGUCAAGCUGCGUCCCUCAUUCGCGUGGCCUCAGCUCUUGGGUACCGUGUUCGCGCGCACACCCACACGCUGAAAGGAGUCAUUGCAGAAGAGCUGCAAGGCCUGCCCAAUGUCACGCUCAUCAAGGGCGACCUGAACAAUAACCCGUCCCUGAUGGACGAGGUCUUCAGGGGCGCCCAGCUCGCCUUCAUCAACACCGUGUCGCAAGCCGGCGAUGAGAUCGCCAUGGGUCGCGCGCUGGCCGACGCCGCAAAGCGCGCCGGCUCAAUCCAGCACUACAUCUACAGCAGCAUGCCAGACCAUUCCGUGCAUGGCCCCUGGCCCGGCCUGCCCAUGUGGGCGUGCAAAUUCACCGUCGAGAACUACGUCCGCCAGAUCGGUAUUCCAGCUACUUUUGUCUACGCCGGAAUCUACAACAAUAAUUUCACCAGUUUGCCGUAUCCGCUGUUCCAGAUGGAGUUGCAGCCAGACGGUAGUUUUGAGUGGGCGGCUCCUUUCAAUCCAGACGUGCCAUUGCCCUGGCUCGAUGCCGAGCACGAUGUCGGACCAGCGUUGAUCCAGAUCUUCAAGGACGGCCCAAAGAGAUGGAACGGUCAUCGCAUUGCCCUCACUUUCGAGACCCUGUCUCCGAUACAGGUCUGCGCGGCCUUUGGACGUGCGUUGGGCCGGCGGUGCAUCUACCGGCAGACACCCAAGAUCGAAAUCAAAGUCCGAAUUCCCGACGGAUAUCGUGAACAACUCGAAGGACUCGAGAAGCUGUUCGGAGAACUGGAGGCGCCCUAUUUCCCACAGCCGGAGUUCAAUACCCCAGCCGCAGGGUCCCCAAAAGGCCUCGGGCCCGCAGGAGGCAAAGGCGCAGGUGCCGGCAUGAUGCAAGGACCCGGCGGCGUGGUGUCACAACGUGUGACGGACGAAGCGAGGAAGCUGUGGCAGGGCUGGCGUGACAUGGAAGAAUACGCGCGGGAAGUCUUUCCAGUCGAGGAAGAAGCGAAUGGUUUACAAUGGAUGUUGUGA